AUGUGUGAGGAGAGCUUUGCAGGACCAUCAGCAUUUUCUGAGAUCGAAACAAGAACACUCUCAGAAUAUAUUUUGAGUAUUCGAGACAAUCUAAAUUUCUACAUCAGCUUUCAUUGUGCCAGAAAUAUGCUGUUGCUUCCUUGGGGACACACCAUUGAUCCUCCUUCGCAAUAUUCUCAGUUCAUGGAAAUCGCUGAAGCUACUGUGAAUGCGCUAUAUGCUCGCCAUGGAACCGUUUACACAUUUGGAUCAAUUUACACCACAAUCUAUCCAGCAACCGGAAGCUCUGCUGAUUGGGUGUAUUACACAUUAGACAUCCCAGCUUUUACCUACGAAUUUCGGUACAUGGAUACAGAAACUGGAGAAAUUUUUGGGUAUGUGGCGCCGCCUGAUCAGAUUCUACCCAAUGCUGAAGAAGUUAUGGAUUCUCUGGUUGUACUCGUAGACAAAGCCACAGAAUUGGGAUAUAUGAACAAUAAUAUGCGAGACUCCAAAACAUAA